CACAUAUUCGCAAUUUUUCGGGCUUUCGGCUUGGAAAGAGAGAGGCUUGUAAAGUGUCGCACAACCUGUCGCCACACUGAUUCCAACCUGUUCUCUUAUUAAAAAUUAACCCAGAGUCUAGGCAUGGCUGACAGGCGUCACACAUACUUUGUGAAUAGCGUCUGCCAAGUUAUUUCUGUGUUUUGCCUACUCCUACUUUUAUCUGUAAAUAUUGCCGACACGACGAAAGAGAUUCCAACGAAGAGCAGCAAUAAUCAUGAAGGCGAACCUUCUUCAAACAUCUAUUCUGAUACAGUUGAACAAUCAAAGAGAGUUCCUCAGUCCUACAGUUUCGGUUUGGGAAAAAAGAGCACAGAUUAUUCUGAAACAGAAAACAAACCUGUAGGCAUUGAAGCUGAUAUAAUUAUGGAAGCAUUGGAGGAUGAGGUCAAGUCCGAUGAAGAAAAACGAGAUGGUAAUUUUGAACGAUUCGGAUUUGGUUUAGGUAAAAAGAGAGCUGAUCCGGCAAGAUUUAGUUUUGGGGUAGGAAAACGAGAAAAAAACCGUUUUCAGUUUGGUUUAGGGAAAAGGGGACCAGAAGAUAGAUUUGCUUUUGGUCUUGGUAAAAGAGGUCCCGAGGACAGGUUUGCAUUUCGUCUUGGUAAAAGAGGUCCCGAAGACAGGUUUGCAUUUGGUCUUGGCAAAAGAGGUCCCGAAGACAGGUUUGCAUUUGGCCUUGGUAAAAGAGGACCCGAGGACAGAUUUGCAUUUGGUCUUGGCAAAAGAGGACCCGAGGACAGAUUUGCAUUUGGGCUUGGCAAAAGAGGACCCGAGGACAGAUUUGCAUUUGGGCUUGGUAAAAGAGGUCCUGAAGACAGGUUUGCAUUUGGUCUUGGAAAACGUGGUCCUGAAGAUAGAUUUGCGUUUGGUCUAGGGAAAAGAGGUCCUGACGACAGGUUUGCUUUUGGUCUUGGAAAACGUGGUCCUGAAGAUAGAUUCGCAUUUGGUUUAGGUAAAAGAGCACGCGAAGAUAGAUUUCAGUUUGGUCUUGGGAAAAGAGGACCAGAAGACCGAUUUGCUUUUGGUUUAGGGAAACGUGGGCCUGAAGAUAGAUUUGCGUUCGGUCUUGGAAAAAGGGAUAUACACGAAGAUGACUCUGAACUCAGUCCAUGGAAAAGAGGACAAGAGGAUUCAAGAUUUGCCUUUGGUCUAGGUAAAAGAUCUGCAGAAGAUAACCGUUUCGCGUUUGGUCUUGGUAAAAGAGAUAUUGAGGAUAACAGUAGAUUUGCAUUUGGCUUGGGUAAAAGAGGUGAAGAAGGAAAUCGUUUUGCGUUUGGUCUAGGCAAACGUGAUGAGGAUCACAAUAAAUUCGCAUUUGGCCUUGGUAAACGAGAAGAUGAUCGUGGUCGCUUUGCAUUUGGUCUCGGUAAGCGAAGAGAUGGUGAUAGCCGAUUUGCAUUUGGUCUGGGAAAGAAAAAUGAUGAUCAGAACGAAUUUAACGCCAAUCUAGAGAAGCAAGAUAUUCCCAUGAAGACUACGCAAGGGAUAGGAAAGCGAGAAACUAUUAACGAUGACAUAGACGAAUAUAUCAAGAGAAGGUUUUCCUUUGGAUUAGGAAAACGGUCUGUUGGUCCUGAAAUGGAGUUCGCGAAAAUACCUUAAGCGGUCGUAGAAGUGGAAAUGCUCAGAGUGGACUGGAAAUCAAUCCACAAGGCCCCUUACGUAGAUUAAAGAGAAGUUUUUCUUCAGUUAUGUACAUGGAAUAUAAACUUUUAUGGCUGCCUAACCAAUUAAUUUUUUCGAAAAGACAAAAUUAAAUGAAUGUAUAUUUGUCGACAUUGAAAUAUACGUAUAUUUGUUGUGUUAAAGAUGGUAAAGCUGGUGUUGAAAUAACCAGUCGAGUAUUAUUUCUUCUUAUAGUAUUGUUUAUUUUCUUGGAUUUUGUUUAUUUUUGAUCAUACGCUGAAAUGUAUAUGUGCUUUUCAACAAAAUUUUUAUAGUUUUAUGUCACUGAAAUAUUUUAUUGGAAAUAAUGGGAAGGAAAAUUUGCUGUAUAGAUUGUAAUAUUUGAGUUGUCAUGCAAGCGGAAUUAAGUUGAAAACACCGGAUGUAUACUUAUUAUAGAAUUACAUAUUUUAUGUUUAAUAUUAUACAUAUUAUUUGCAUAAAUAUAUACAUAAAACAAGGUAUGUUUGGUUCUUCCAAAGUACCUUACAAUGUGGUGAUAUUUUAUAUUUAGUAAUCUUAUUUGUAUUUAUAUUUGUGUUCCUCAUUUCAUUAAUAUUCAUCAUUUUAUCAUUUUUUUUAUCAACGGUUAUAUAUUAUUUUAUAAAGCAUUCUUCAAAUCAGAAUGCUUUACAAAGUGUUUCUCUAAAUUUCUUUUAAUUUUACUUUGUUUUGCGGAAUCUAUUUAUUGUUCCAUUAUAUCACAUUGUAGAAAUAUUUUAUAAUGGUCAAUUCGGAAAUAAAAGUAGUUGAAUGAUUGUUUUGUAUAUGAAAAGUUUGAUUCAGAAUAUUAUUAUUUUCAAAUGUGUCUGUAAAAGUUUGUGUUAAGAAUAUGAAAUGUUAUUGUUAAAGAUCUAAAUCUUAUUUAUUCAUUAAAUGAUAAAUACCCAUUUAUCAACAACUUUAUGAUACAUAUCUUUUAUGUGAAAUUGUACAAAUUAUGAAAAUUAAUAAUAUUUAAUAUAGAUGUUUUGUAACUAAAAUCAAUAAAUAUUUAUUUAUCAACAUACUUAUUGCUAUCAAAUAAGCCAUGAAAGCUCCAUGAUAUGUGAUUCAUAAGUAUGAAAGUUGUUAACAAUAAAUGUAAG